GAGAAAAGGAGGGAGGCACCGCUGCAGCACGGUUAUCUUUGUCCUGGUUCCAGUGGCCACGACAGCUGAGCGCGCCGGCGGGCGGGUCUUGCAACGACCACCACCUGAAGAUCUCCUCUCUGCAGCCGUCAUUUGGAGUUAAAAAUUGAUAAUUCAGCUCAAUAACAGAAGAUGGAAGGGGAGCAGAAGCAGGUGACAGGUUACCUCCUGUUCUCUCUGGGCACCGCCGUCAUCGGCUCGCUGCAGUUCGGUUACAACACAGGAGUCAUCAAUGCUCCCGAGCAGAAACUACGAUCCUUCUUUAACGACACCUGGGUUGAGCGCUAUGGAAAGCCCAUCGACCAGGGGGUCUGCACCAUCGUGUGGAGCAUCGCUGUCGCCAUCUUCAGCGUGGGCGGCAUGGUGGGCUCCUUCAGCGUGGGCGUCAUGGCAAACCGAUUUGGCAGGCGUCGCUCCAUGUUCCUGGUGAACUCUCUGGCGGUGAUCGGCGGCCUCCUCAUGGGCUUUUCCACCAUCUGCUCCUCGUACGAGAUGGUGAUCGCCGGUCGCCUGAUCAUUGGCCUUUUCUGCGGUCUUUUUACCGGCCUGACUCCCAUGUAUGUGGGCGAGGUGUCACCCACUCCCCUGCGAGGAGCCUUCGGCACUCUUCAUCAGCUCGGGGUGGUGGUGGGCAUCCUCAUCGCUCAGAUCUUUGGUCUGGAGGCUCUGCUGGGCUCAGCCAAGCUGUGGCCCCUGCUGCUGGCCCUCACUGUGGCCCCUGCUGUGCUGCAGUGCAUCCUGCUGCCCUUCUGCCCUGAGAGCCCUCGCUUCCUGCUCAUCAACCUCAACCAGGAGGAGCAGGCACGCAAAGCGCUGGUGCGUCUGCGUGGCAGUGAGGAUGUGAGUAAAGACUUGCAGGAGAUGAAGGAGGAGAGCGCCAAGAUGGCCAUGGAGAAGAAAGUGACCAUCCUGGAGCUUUUCCGCUCAGCGACGUACCAUCAGCCCCUUCUCAUCGCCGUCAUGCUGCAGCUCUCCCAGCAGCUGUCAGGGAUCAACGCUGUCUUCUACUACUCGACGGGCAUCUUUGAAACAGCUGGUGUGAAAAGGCCGAUCUACGCCACCAUUGGAGCCGGCGCCGUCAACACCGUCUUCACUGUUGUUUCUCUCUUCUUGGUGGAGAAGGCGGGACGAAGGACCUUGCACCUGCUGGGACUGGGUGGGAUGGCGAUCAGCGCUCUGCUCAUGACCAUCUCCCUCCUGCUGAAGGACAUUCCUGCAAUGAGCUACAUGGCCAUCAUCGCUGUCAUGCUUUUUGUUGCGAUGUUUGAGAUGGGCCCCGGUCCAAUCCCCUGGUUCAUUGUGGCCGAGCUGUUCUCCCAGGGGCCCCGCCCGGCCGCCAUGGCGGUGGCCGGAUGCUGCAACUGGACGGCCAACUUCCUGGUUGGAAUGAGCUUCCCCAAACUAGAGGAGUUGUUAGGUCCCUGGGUCUUCAUCAUCUUCACCAUCUUCCUCAUCAUCUUCUUCAUCUUCACCUUCAUUAAAGUCCCAGAGACGAGAGGCAAGACCUUUGAUGAGAUCGCCCGCAGCUUCGGCGGCGGCGCCCCAGCUCUCACCUCAUCUGUUGAGGACCCUCCUGCCAGCGCCAGCGCCGCCACAACGCUCCCCGCCUCGCCGGUGAAGGAGAAGGUCCCGCUGGUAGAGGCGCCACCAGCAGAGGCCGCUGCAGCAGAAGCCCCGCCCCCAGCUGCUGAAACCACGCCCCUUGACGCUAAAUCCAAAUCAACAGCGCAGGAGAGCGUGUAAAGCAGCUGCAGGUAGUUUUAAUGGGUGAAGGGGAUCAUAAAAGAAGGAAGAAAAAAUGCUGUACAUUGUAAUUAUCAAACUCGGAACAAUAGAAUUUUAUAAUACAGAAAACGGCAGCAUAGUCAGCUUUUAAAGGUCACGCCUUCUGCUUUCACGGUAGAAUUUUCCUCGACUUCCUUCUUUUAAAUCCUCCCUUCCCCACCUGUGAAAGGGAAUCAGUCACUGUACAACGCUACAGAUUAAAUCUACUGUACAUUCCUAGGAAUUUAAGCUACAUUCAUCAAAAAAAGGGUGGGUCUUUUUCAAGACAGCUGUGUGUCUAGUCAGGUGGACACAUUUCCAGCGCAGAUUGUGUCCAUGGAAACUGUCCAGGUAAAGGUCCAGGUUAAAAUGUCCGUCAGUGCAGACUAGAGGCAGAGUGUGUUGAUAACGGCGCAGCCUUUCGUUUUCCAGACAUGCUAUCUGAGUUCAGGUCCAUGUAGUGUGAGCUGACAUGGAAAGCAAUGAUGCACUUUUCUUUCUUUCUUUCUUUUUUUUUUAAUUUACAUAUUUUUUGACAGCGUUAUAGUAGGUAUUUUAGUGCAAUAUAACUUUCUAGUUUGAUUCUAGUUAUAUUUAAUUAUCUGUUAAUUCUUGUAAACGUUCUCAGAAGUGUUCUCAACUUGCAGGUUUAAGAAGGGAUUCUCAAAAUUAACGCUCCACCUUCAGCUGCUGAAUAUCAGCUGACGAGCUGGAGAACUUUUAAGCAACGCCAAAGUAUGAAAGUUUAAUUUCCACCAGCUGAUCGAGCACAGGAGUUCAGA